AUGGCAGAUGUUCGAUCGUUACUAAGAAGCGAGCUUGCCUCCCGCAAGGGCUCAUCAUCCCAGACAGGGAGAGCACCAAACCGCGUCACGAAGAAGCGAAAGGUAGACUCCGGCGAAGACCUGACGCGCAAAAAGUUGAGACAGACAAACGGUGAUCAACUGCUGGCGCAUGCCCAAACAGUACAGCCUCCAAGUGCCCAGGCGCUGGAGGCAGAUGAAAGCAUUGAACAUUCAGAUCAUGAGGCUGCUGGCCCGGAACUACCACCCGCGGAAGACGUCGUGCCUGACACGGAGCAAGUGAGCGCACAGCCAUCCGAAUCACCUGCUGUAACUUUGAAUCCACCUACAGAGGCCCCCAAGCAGGCCGUCGACGAAGAUGAAUGGGCCGCCUUCGAACGGGAUGUAGUGGCCCCAACUCGAGUCUCACAGGCGCCCGCUGCGCUUGCCGCGUCAGCCACUAUAACGGCGGCUCCCAUCACAACCGAACAGCUUGCUGCGCAGCAAGAGCGAGACAACCAAACGGCCGCCCGGUCUCGCGAAGCCGAGGCUGAAGGGGAACGUGAAGAUGCCGCACGAUUCAUGGAGGAUGAAUUUGAUGAAAUGGAUCAACUAGAGGAGCGUGUCAGACGAUUGAAACACAUGCGGGAGGAGUUGAGGAAGAAGCGAGCCGUGGACGGUACAGAUACCAACCAGAUGGACUUGUCUACUUCCACCGGGGAGCUUCAGGAGGAUCAAACCAAGAAGAAUGACAGCGAGGACGAAGAGGAAGAUGAUGAUGACGACGAUGACGAUGAUGACGAAUGGGAUAAUUGGAGAUUUAGGUAA